GCUCGUUGGCAACCGGGUGCAGAAGGUGUCGCUUAAUGGGAAUCUAACAUUCGUUCAGUCUUUCCGGCGACGGAUGGACGCCCUUGUCUGAGCGCAAGCGUAGAACUGUAAAAGGGAAUCAGACGUCAAGAGACAAAGCUUGUAGAAGAGACACUUGUGUUUUGUGCUCUUGCUGAUGUAAAACAAAAUAAUAGCUCCCACCAUUGAAUUGUCAUUUUAUUUAGCUGUGGGUAAACAAACAAACAAAAAAUCGUGAAACAUUUCAAAUAAUACCAUCAACAGUUAUCUGCAACUUCUUUCAAUAAUCAGUUUGUUGGUGCUCUAAAGUGUUUGUCGUAAAAACACUUAUUAUUCCAUGUGACUAUAUUAAAGGCAGACGCGAAGAAAGACAUUUGGAGAUAUCGUCCUUUCGUGUACUAGAAUAGAAUAGAAAAAAAAAAAGGUUGAAAUAAUCGAGGUAAAGGAUACAAGAUGGUGAAGCGUGAUGACGGUCCGCCCAAACUCUGCUUUGACAAUCCUGUCUACAAUGACGACGGGAACCCGGUCGUGGAUUCAAAGGAAGGAUCCAAGGUUAAAGACAGGAGACCUGUGACUGCAGGCGUCGACGGGAGGAAAGAGCCGGUCUUCCCUUGCAACAGGCCCCUGGCCGCAACGAAAUCUGUCGGCCACGAAUUUUUGAAGCGCAACGCCUCCAGCCAGAGCCAGACGUCGAUGGCUUCCGACAUCUUUGCACCGGCAAGGACCCUGACGCCGGAGGUCGACGUCGAGGAGCGCAUCAUAGAGCACAGAAGGAACCGAGGCUUCUGGUCCAGAAGGUCUUGCAACAACCCCUUCCGGGCAACGAGGAAGUUCUCCAGAGGGACUAUCCCGUCGUUGGCCGCCUUGCCUGUCGGUGAGACGCUGUCGUUGGCUCCUCAACACGAAGAUGGGGCAGAAAGCAUACCACCCGAAGGACAGCCGGGGGAUGAAGAAUGCUGUAUGUCAGAAGCGACGCUCGAGUUGCUCCAAGAGAGGAAACUCCGGGAAAAUAUUGCCUGGUUGAGGAAUUACCUCAUAGAGGCAUCAGAGGCAGAUGGCGGAAACUACUCUCUGUCUAGUUUUCUCUCCGCAAUGAAAAACAAAGAACUCCUGCGCCGCUGGUUUUCCCUGUAUGAUUCGGAGGGCGAUGGAAAAUUAGACCAGGAAGAGUGGAUUGAUCAGAUCAAAUUAUCAGCAAGGGAGCUUGGGGCCAGAGAGUGGGCGGAGCUUGUGGAAGUCUUGGCUCUGGUGGUCUGCGGUGAGGACGCCGAAGUCACCGAGGAUCUCUUCACGAAGAUCCUCACGUCGAGGGGGGUGUUGGAGAAACUCUUCCGACUUAUCAAUAAGGACGGUGAUGGCUUGGUGAGCCGACAGGAAAUCAUGGACUUCAUUGCUAAUCUCACGUAUGCCCGUCCUAGGACGGGCUUCACGAGAGAAAAUCUGGAAUGGCUGGAACAACUUUUUCGUCAAGCUUUGGGUCACAAACAAGAACUUUCCUUCGAUGACUUCAAAAAGAUUGUACACUCCCGGAAUUCCUUUUUCGCGGAGAGGGUGUUCCAGAUUUUCGACCGAGACAACAGCGGCACUGUCUCCCUGUCAGAAUUUCUCGACGCCAUGCACCAGUUUGCAGGAAAGUCACCCAAUGACAAGAUCAAGUUCUUGUUCAGGGUCUACGACUUAGAUGGCGACGGACUGAUCCAGCAGAGUGAGCUGCAGAAGGUGAUGAAGGCCUGCAUGGAAGAGAACGGCAUGAAAUUUAGUGACGAACAGAUUGAAGAUCUGACUCUGGCCUUAUUCGAAGAUGCUGACACACAGAAGCAGGGAGCCAUCACUUACGAGUCCCUCAAGGCUCAGUUGGAAAAGCACAAUGGACUCCUGGAAAAUCUCUCCAUAAGCAUAGACAGAUGGCUAGUGCCUCCAAAUUUGGGCAGCAACAAGGAGUCGGCCAAGAACCGCAUGAGCAGACUGAAACCCUACCAGAUGAGUCUUCCCUACAUGAAGAAUAAUUACGUCUAUUUGUCUUUCCUUCUCGUCUACAUCGCUGUUAAUCUUGGUCUCUUCAUUUCUCGUGCCGUGCAAUUCAAAAAGGAGAAUGGAUUUUACAUCAUUGCAAGAGCGUGUGGUCAGUGUCUCAACUUCAACUGCAUGUUUGUUUUGGUGUUAAUCUUAAGGCAAUGUAUAACGUACCUGAGGUCGAUGGGAGCAUCCGCGAUCUUGCCUCUAGAUCAGCACCUUUAUCUUCACAAGAUGUGUGGCUGGGUCAUCUUCAUCUUUUCAUUUCUUCAUACUCUUAUGCAUUGCAUCAAUUUCCCUCUGAAUAUUGCACCCAACUUGAUGGUCAACAACCAGACAUACACAGCUGUUGAGUGGCUCUUCACCAUGAAACCAGGAAUGUUCGGACUGAUCCCGGGCAUAGCGAAUCCGACAGGUGUGGCUCUCAUGGUCAUUUUGACAUUGAUGGUGAUUUGCUCUCAACCAUUCGUCAGAAAGUCUGGGUAUUUUGAAGUGUUUUAUUGGACUCACUUGCUCUACAUAGCUUUCUUCAUAUUAACUAUCCUUCAUGGGCCAAAUUUCUGGAAGUGGUUUGUGGCUCCGGGGAUCAUCUUCCUCAUAGAAAGAAUUCACAGAUCCAUCAGAAUGCGUACUGGGAGAGGAAGGACCUACAUCAGCUCUGGAGUGUUGUUACCUUCCAAAGUCAUCCACUUGGUUAUCAAGCGACCCAUGAAUUUCCACUUCCAUCCUGGCGACUACGUCUUUGUCAACAUUCCAGCAAUUGCAAAAUACGAAUGGCAUCCCUUUACUAUCUCGUCUGCUCCAGAACAGGAUGAUGAAUUAUGGCUCCAUAUUCGUGCAGUAGGAGAAUGGACCAACAGACUAUACAGCUACUUUGAAAAAGCACAGGAGAAAUGUGAACUACAGCGAUGUCGGUUGCAAGUAAAUGGACAAGCUCACUGCACAUCAAUUAUAAUGCAUGACGGAAGUGCUGUUAAGUUGAGAGUAGACGAUGUCAGAGACUUACAAAAGAAAGGAGGGAGCCCUCACAUGGCUGGAACCCCACGAGUGAUGGUGACUGCCGAGACUCCAUCAGGAAAUGUUAAUAAUCCUGUUGCAGUACGGAGAAAUGGAAUUACUAAUCAUGCAUUUGAACCUGAUAGCAAUGGUAACAAAGUAGAUAAAGAAGAAGAAGGGUCUGUUACUCCCAUUCAAGAAAUGGAUUCAAGUAAUCCUAUGCCACUUGUACCAAUUGAAAAGUCAUCCUCGCCUAAUACCCCUAAUGACAGUUCUGCCCGGAAAAAGAUGGAGAAAUCUAAAUCUGUUCCAGAUUUAGAAAAACGUCUCAGAAACCAAGACAGAAAUGCCAUAUUAAGGUCCCAGACUCGUGCAGCAACAGAAAGAAGAUUCUCUGACAGGGCACUUAAAAAGGCCCAAAGUGAGGUUUUGGCAGGCAACUACGAAUUUAACGAGAGCUUAGCCAAAAGUUUCAGGUAUAUUCGUCGAAAACCUAAGGUCAUCACACUGGAUGUACCAUCAGAUGAAGAAGAAUGCAGCAGUGGUUCUGAAGAGGACAGUGACAAUGAAGAAAUAAUGAGUGAAAUUACUGAUGAAAACCAGACCUGUGUCACAAUAGCAGUCCCUAAUAAUGUCAGUGACACUUCUGCUCUUGCAGAAGAAGGAAGAGUACGCAAGAAGUCACAAGAUGCAAAACAACGGCGAAUAUCUAGACAAGAGGAAAGGCAAAUGAGAAGAAAAAGUAGGCGGGAGGAAAUCAUUGCAGAGGGUGGAUGUGCAAUUGGAAAGCCACUUGUUAUCUUUGUUGAUGGUCCAUUCGGUGCUCCGUCUAGCCACAUUUUUCAUGCUCAGCAUGCAGUUCUUAUUGCAACUGGAAUUGGAGUUACACCCUUCGCUUCAAUUUUACAGUCAAUUAUGCAUAAGUACUGGAAAGCUCGCCACUCAUGUCCUAAGUGUUCACAUUCAUGGACAUCUGACUUGCCCAAAUCUGUUAUGAAUCUCAAAAAGGUUGACUUCUUCUGGAUUAACAGAGAUCAAAGAUCUUUUGAAUGGUUUGUGAAUCUGUUGUCACAGCUGGAAAUAGAACAAGCAGAACAAGGGGGAGUGCUAGAAAGAUUUCUGGACAUGCAUAUGUACAUUACAUCUGCCUUACAAAAAACAGAUAUGAAAGCAGUAGGAUUACAACUAGCUUUGGAUCUGCUACAUGAAAAGGAGAAGAGGGAUCUCAUCACUGGACUGAAAACAAGAACAAAUGCAGGAAGACCUAACUGGGAUAAGGUAUUCAAACAGCUGCAGAACCAGCAAAAAGGAAAGAUAACUGUAUUCUACUGUGGACCCCCUGCUUUAGGUCGAACACUGCGAUACAAAUGUGAUGAGUAUGGCUUUGAUUUUAGGAAGGAAAUUUUCUAGUUUUGUUGUAGUACAAAAAGCAGUGUGAAAAGAACAUUUUCUUGACACCAUAGAAAUAGUUUUCCUUAAAGUAGAAUAAUUCAAGAAUUACCAGUAAUCUCAGAAGCUAUUUUCUAAAACUGAUUCAGUUUAAUCUGAAUGUUUUAAUAACUAUUUUUAUCAUAUUUUUCUUGUUCAGAUAUAUUGACAAAUAAGUCUCUGAUAAAUAAAGUGCAUUAAUUUUUUAACUAUAUAAUGUGAAGGCUAUUUUAUGAACCAUUUUAGGGUUUACCAAGAAUUAAGAACUUUUUAGUGACCAAGAAGUACUAGUGAUUAGUGAGCACAUCUGGUUACAAGCAGAGGUGAAUCAGUGUAUUGUUAAUAAAUUAUUUUUUACAUUAAUGCAAUCUUUUGUAUGCAUGUGUACUCACAACUGUAUAUUAGAUCUCUUAUAGAUGUAUUAAUAUCAUAUGCUAUCAUAGUAUGGUAAUGGAACAGCAUGCACCAUAAAAAUUAGCUUUUGUGUGCAAUCUUUCUUAGUUUUUGCUAUACAGUGCUGUAUGUGAUAUACAGCCGACAGCCUAAUAGAUUCUACAUAUUAUUUCUAUUUAUAUUACAGAGUAGUAAUGCAAAAAUUACUAUCCUUAAACUAUUAAACAAAUUUUGACCAAUUUGAAGUUUUAAGGAAGACCCGUACAUUGUACUUGAAGUCAAGAAAAUACCUCCAUUGUGACUCAGCCAGUAGGAUUUUAUGGAUUACUGACAAGUGAUUGACUAUUUUCACAUCAGUGGUAUAUUACCAAUGUGACAGAUGUGAAAUUAAGGUUUGUCAUUCCUUGAUAACCACUAAUAUUUAGCCUGCUUAAUGAAAAGGAAACUUACCCCAAGUAGGAUUUCCACUACUGUAUUGAAGUCAUAAACAAAACUUGUGAGCAAAAUUAAUUUUCUUGUAAAUCUUAUAUUUCAGGUAUACUGAUAUUUUGUUAAUUUUUGUAUUACACAGUUAUGUUUGAGGUUAUCUUUUGCCUCUUGACACAAAAAGCUGAAUAAAUUAUUAUAUUACCUGUGAAUGGUAACAUGACCUGUUUUUUAUAGUGAAUUCAAAUUAAGUAGAUAUUAGGUUUAGCAGAUCUGUGAUGUAUAAUUUUUCCUUUGUAUAUAGUAUAUAUAUAUAUGAUUAUAUGUAUUCAUAUGACUUGGCUAAUAAAGACCAUAUUUUAUUAA